UCUCCAAACCGCUUAAAAGCCUUUGUAAAUGCCAUCCUCCUUCGCUUGUGCUGCUCGACGAAAGCGAUUCAGUUGAUCUGUUGGUGCCUUCGCAUUCCCGCUUCCCUUGAUCUAUUUCCCCGUCUCUCUCGUCAAUCCAGCGUCUCUCUGCAUCAAUGGCGGACCUUCACAUGCAGGGUGGUGAGACCGAGACCUUCGCUUUCCAGGCGGAGAUCAACCAGCUUCUCAGCCUCAUCAUCAAUACCUUCUACAGCAACAAGGAGAUUUUCCUUCGAGAACUUAUCAGCAACUCCUCGGAUGCAUUGGACAAGAUUAGGUUCGAGAGCCUUACGGACAAAAGCAAACUGGAUGCGCAGCCUGAGCUGUUCAUCCGGCUUGUGCCUGACAAGGUUAAUAAGACUCUGACCAUCAUCGACAGCGGCAUUGGCAUGACGAAAGCAGACUUGGUGAACAAUCUGGGAACAAUUGCUAGGUCGGGUACGAAAGAAUUCAUGGAAGCCUUGCAGGCUGGAGCAGAUGUUAGCAUGAUUGGUCAAUUUGGUGUCGGAUUCUAUUCGGCUUACUUGGUCGCGGAGAAGGUGGUUGUCGUAACGAAACACAACGAUGACGAACAGUACAUUUGGGAGUCGCAAGCUGGUGGUUCUUUCACUGUGACUAGGGAUGUCUCAGGCGAAAAUCUUGGAAGGGGCACGAAGAUCAUCCUGCAUCUGAAAGAAGAUCAGCUCGAGUAUCUGGAGGAAAGGAGACUUAAGGACCUCGUCAAAAAGCACUCUGAGUUCAUCAGCUAUCCCAUCUAUUUGUGGACGGAGAAAACCACAGAGAAAGAGGUGAGCGAUGAUGAAGAGGAAGAGAAGAAAGAGGAAGAGGGCGCAGUAGAGGAUGUCGAUGAAGAGAAGGAAAAGAAGAAGAAGAAGAAGGUGAAGGAGGUUUCUCAUGAAUGGACUCUCAUCAAUAAGCAGAAGCCCAUCUGGAUGAGAAAGCCAGAAGAGGUUACCAAGGAAGAGUAUGCUUCCUUCUACAAGAGCUUGACCAACGACUGGGAGGAUCAUCUUGCCGUCAAGCACUUCUCCGUCGAAGGGCAGCUCGAAUUUAAAGCCAUCCUUUUUGUUCCAAGGCGUGCUCCUUUCGAUCUGUUUGACACGAGGAAGAAGAUGAACAACAUCAAGCUUUAUGUUCGUCGUGUGUUCAUCAUGGACAACUGUGAAGAGCUAAUCCCCGAGUAUCUUGCGUUUGUGAAGGGUGUUGUCGAUUCAGAUGACCUUCCAUUGAACAUCUCCCGUGAAACGCUUCAACAGAACAAGAUCCUGAAGGUUAUCAGGAAGAACCUGGUGAAGAAAUGCAUCGAGAUGUUCACAGAGAUUGCGGAGAACAAGGAGGACUACAACAAAUUCUAUGAAGCCUUCUCGAAGAAUAUCAAGUUGGGUAUUCAUGAAGACAGCCAAAACAGAGCCAAGUUGGCGGAGUUGCUGAGGUACUACUCAACAAAGAGUGGCGACGAGAUGACAAGCUUGAAAGACUACGUCACUAGGAUGAAGGAGGGACAGAAGGAUAUCUACUACAUAACGGGUGAGAGCAAGAAGGCAGUUGAGAACUCUCCGUUCUUGGAGAGGUUGAAGAGAAAGGGUUACGAAGUCCUGUUCAUGGUGGAUGCGAUUGAUGAGUAUGCAGUUGGACAACUGAAGGAGUACGACGGCAAGAAGUUGGUGUCGGCAACGAAGGAGGGGCUGAAGCUGGAAGAAACGGAGGAAGAGAAGAAGGCGAGAGAGGAGAAGAAGAAGGCAUUUGAAGGGCUCUGCAAAGUGAUAAAGGACAUAUUGGGUGACAAAGUGGAGAAGGUGGUUGUCUCCGAUAGGAUUGUGGACUCCCCUUGCUGUCUGGUGACUGGGGAAUAUGGUUGGACGGCCAACAUGGAAAGGAUCAUGAAGGCUCAGGCCCUGAGGGACAGCAGCAUGUCCUCAUACAUGUCGAGCAAAAAGACUAUGGAGAUCAACCCUGAGAACUCGAUCAUGGAGGAACUGAGAAAGCGGGCGGAGGCCGACAAGAACGACAAGUCGGUGAAGGACCUGGUCUUGCUGCUGUUCGAGACGGCAUUGCUGACUUCUGGGUUCAGCUUGGAUGAUCCAAACACGUUUGCGGCAAGGAUUCACAGGAUGCUGAAACUGGGCCUGAGCAUUGAUGAGGGUGACACAGCAGGAGAGGACACGGACAUGCCUUCUUUGGAGGACGAUGCAAACGAGGAGAGCAAGAUGGAAGAGGUUGACUGAGGCACAAGCACGAUAAACAUUAUAACUUCAUGAGAACGUUGCUUAGAGAAGUCUUUCUGGUAGCAUGUUGGUCCUGGUUUGUGUCGAUGUUUUGUCUCCUUUUUGUGUGUUUGAGGACCUUGAGAUGUAAAGCGUGUCGCUCUUUAUCUUCCCUUCUCCGCCGUGUAUUAAGCAUGUAAAGGAAUAGGAGUUCGGCUGGACAUAGUUUUGUACCGGGCAAAAUUAUGAUUUUGGAUGUUAAGAUCGGUCUCAUCCUCGGAGGGUUGUUCCCGUCCUCAUUUUGUUUUUUUUAAUCUUACCUUUUGAAGGGACGGGAAAAUUGCCAAACGGACGAC